AUGUCCAUUUCGGGUCUCGGUGAGAUCUCUUCCCGAUCUUGGGCUUAUGACAUUCGGCUGCAAUCACCUCUCGAUGCCUUCCUGAAGUGGGCAAAGGGCCUCGUGCUUAUAGAUGCCCUCUCAAAACUGAAGCUCACUCUGGCCCUCACUUUUUCGCCCCCCUUAAACGCCCGUUUUUCUCCUCGCGAUCCCUCACCUUUAAGCGCUCCCCGCCGUCGUCCCCGCGCAAUAUCUCGAAGGAUGCCCGUUGAAAGGACUGUUAAGAGCUGGAAGAUGCCAGAGUCGUCGUCGUCUUGCAAUCAGCUUGUGUGGACGGCGCCGGUUGCACCCACACCGUCGAGCGAACCCACAGCGUUUAUCACUGAGGUCGACUUCGACGACGGUCCCCCGCCUCUCGUUGACGCUCCACCCUACCCUCCCCCAGGCGAAUUCAUCUUAUUCCCACCGGCUGAAGAGAAGGCACCUGCCCGUAAGACGCCGCAUAGCAAAAAGAAGCCCGAGAACCACAUCCCCCGCCCACCUAACGCCUUCAUCCUCUUCCGCUCAUCCUUCAUCAAGAGUCAGCACGUGUCCACGUCGGUCGAGACCAACCAUUCUACGCUCUCCAAGAUCAUCGGUAUGACUUGGAAAAAUCUGUCGGAAGCCGAACGUCAGGUGUGGCACGCAAAGGCCAAGGUCGCGCAGGAGGAGCAUCGCCGUAAGUUCCCCAAGUACGCUUUCCGGCCACAGCAAACGAAGAGCAAAGGGGGGACGACGGAGAAACGGAAGGUCAGGGAGGUGGAACCGAAGGACUUAACAAGGUGUAAGAAGAUAGCGGAGCUGCUGGUGCAGGGGAAGAAGGGGGAUGACUUGAAGGCUGAGAUCGAAGAAUUCGACAAGCACCACGUCCCCCAGAUAAUAACGCGGUUCGAAGCGCCAAUCACCGAACGCACCUUCCAACGUUCCUCAUCCGCGCCUAUCCCCGAUACGGAGGUCACUGCCGCGAACAAGAGCUUCCUGCCCAAGUCCCCCGCCGCGAAACCACGCAAGGUACGCUCGACAAGCGCCCAACCCACGCGGUGUGCGACCCCAGUGCAGCAAGUCGAGCCCCAACAGACACAACCUGCACCAAUGAAGCAGGAACCGAGCUUCGACUUCUCCACCUUCUCGUUCGAGACCGCAGCAUCCCCCGCAUCCCCUUUCCCUUGCGACCCCAUUGCCGAGCAAGCUGCCCCGACCACAUUCACCGGCGAGCCCUCGUUCAACCCCAACCUCACCAUCAACACCAACUUCAUGGAGCAGUGGAGUCAGUGCUCGUCCCCCGUCACCCCAGAGGCAUCCACCGACUUCCUCGCUACCCCCAUUGGAUCGCCAUCGUUCGCACCCACCGUCGAUCCAUUCGACUCGAUGAAGAGCUUCAAUGAAUUCAAUCCGAUGUUCCCCACAUACCAACAACAACCCCUCGGCUCUCUCUGUGGCGACGGAUUCCUCGGUGUCGGUGGCGACGACUUUUCGCACAUGAUCAACCCUGUUAACCCUCUCGGCGUCGGCAUGGACUUCUCGUUCAUGAAUGAGGUCCCCCAAUACGUCUUCUGA